AUGCCUUUUGCUGCGUUUGUUGGUGUGAAUCACCAUGGUCAAUCAACAUUACUUGGAUGCAGGCUGGUUUCGGGAGAGGACACUGAAUCAUUUGCAUGGCUAUUCAAGUCAUGGCUUCGUUGUAUGGUAGGAAAGGCCCCCGUUUGUAUUAUAACUGACCAAUGUAAGGCUAUGCAAAAUGCCAUUGAGUUAGUGUUCCCUACAACACACCAUAGGUGGUGUUUAUGGCAUAUCAUGAAAAAAAUUCCCGAAAAACUUGGCAGAUGCACCGAGUAUAACAAGAUCAAGGCUGCUAUGGAAGAAGCAGUUUACGAUGCAUACACAACAAAAGAUUUUGAAGAGAAAUGGUGUUCCUUCAUUGAAAAAUUUGAGCUUCAGAAGAAUAAUUGGUUGAGUGGGUUGUAUAAUGAGCGUCAUAGAUGGGUACCAACCUUGUUAAGGAAAACCUUUUGGGCGGAAGUGGCUACAGAGUCUGAAGUUGCAACUAAAUCACUCCAUGAAACAUUGGAUGACUUUAAUUCUAAUUUGCCCACCAUGGAUGAUACCACUAAAAAUGGUAAAGAAAGCUUCAAUGAUGACUCAAAUACAAACACCGGUACUAAAAUCCACAGUCCAUUGCAUGUCAAUCGUAAAGGUCGUCCUCCAAAAAAUAGGCUAAUAUCUGUAUCUGAAACAGUUUCUAAGAAGGUAAGAAAGAAAUCCAGGAAAAGUGAUGAUGGAGAAACUAAUACGAUCACGAAAAUGGAGUUGUUCUUCUCCAUCGUGUUUGGUCCAUUAGCGGAUGCUAUUUCAGUUCUUGAGCUUGAGUGCAAUAUUGGAAAGAUGUGUAGUCAGACAGAAAACAGUAUACGCGUGGAAUCAUCUAUUGAGGUUGUCACUGGCGAAAGUUUUAUGGAUUCAAAUACCGUGGUUCAAAGUAAUAUGUCAUUCACGGAACUUUUGGCAACAUGUCAUACUCGCACGAAGGGUUCUACUGAAGGCCGUGCAAAUGUCUAG